UUAGCAGUGGAUCCCGUGUCAACGGACCAGCCCACCAUCCCCGCUCACAGACGUUCCAGCGCUGUGACGACUCCAGAUGUCGCGAGCAUCUCGCAGGCCAAACUACCGGUGCAACCCUUACCUCCAGAGGUGCCGCCGCUGCCUAGCAUGAACCUGCCCAUAUCUCAACACCUGCCAGCUAAUUCCAGCACGAGCCAGCCCUUGCCUCAAGAUUUACCAUCAAACGCUAGCAUGGACCUGGCCAAGGCGUUACCAAAUGACGCAGCACCACCGACUACCAGGGUUAAAGAUGCCGUAAGACGCCCGUCGAUUCCAUCGAUCAACCCAACGUCUACAGCAAGACGCCCGACCUCGAUAGCCACGGUGUCCAUUGGACCCAACGUUCUUCAAGACAUUGCCCCAGCAGCCGUUGACCCGCUGUCUCCCCCAGCGGUGACACCACCAGCCGCUUCUCGACCACGGUGGGCGCUGCCAACACCAACGCCACCAAGCACAUCAUACAACUUUCAAGUGUUUCCGAGCACGCCGACUGUAUUGUCGCCAUCAACUCUGGGCCACAGCCCAUCAGGAAAGCAACCAACGUCGCCACUCGGUUCGUACUCGCCGCCGAUGCCCAGUCCUCGCACCAUGUCUUUGGGAGCAAAACUCCCCAUCGACGUCGAGAUCAACGCGAUGCAUUACCUCCUCUUUGGCUCUCGAAAGUCAACCGCC